CUGUUGGCCAAUCUCGUCGGAUAUCUGACCACACCAGGCCACGUCAUCUCACUGCAUACACUUCUAAACGUUAUUCUGAAACACAACUCUGUGCCAAUUAAGUUUAAUCCCACUUCAGGUGAAGGAAGGCACAGUGAGCAGUAUCUCGCUCGUUGCUCCAAUUGAGCUUCACUUUACGAUGGUGGCUUAGUCCUGGAAGACGCAAGCAAGAAGUCAUGAUGACCUGCUCAGGCUUUCUUGGCUGGGUUUGAUAUAUAAGUUUGAGCAACUUGUGGAUAAUUUAUGUACCUUCUCUCAAUUCUAUAUUCAAUUCUAUAUUCUCAGGUAAAGAAAAAUCAUAAUGAAAUUUCAAACAGCCUCCUUGCUCGUCCUGACUAGUCUUGUCCAACUCGCGCAUUGCGAUGGACCCGGAGACUGGACUUGGAAUUGGGAAUGGGGUUUUGCCCCAGAAUGCGCUCAAUCAUGCUUAUCGUCCGCAUUCCCCGCAACAGCAUCCACUUCCUGGGCCUCACCUUGCGCAACUCCUACCUCACUCUCAAGCUGCAUCGAUUCAGCGUGCACGGUCACUGCUACCGAUGCCGCUAGAUCCACCGCCAUCUCGAUAUUAUCUGGCAUCACCUCCUCUAUCUGCUCCGUCUAUUCCAGCUGCUCUGCCUCGCCGUCAGCUUGUAGCUUUUCAUCCCAUACCGGAUGGGGACCAUCAGGCUGGGGUAACCCGGGUAACAAUGGAUUCUUUACCUACAGCUGUACAGAUGGACGAAGCAGUGGAUGGUCAACGACGACUAUGACGGUCACUAGUACGAGCACAGGCACGGCUGGGACAAGUGUCUUGACAGCUCUCGUGACGGAGACUGCCACUCUCGUUGCUGCUGCAGUGAGUGGAACGAGUACUGGAGCGAGUUCAACUGCUACGGGCAACAGUGCUCCUGGACAGCAGAAUGCUCAUGUGUGGGCCAUGGGGGCUAUGGCUGCUGCUGGAGUUGGGGCAGUUGUUAUGUUGUGAAGGGAGAUAUGGGGAGGUGAAGUGCGGAAGUGCAUAAUUUUAUGAUUGCUCGUUUGGUUUGGCUUGUUGAAUUGCGCGAAACCCUGUAGAGGUUGUAAUUACUUCUGCGUGAUAUGUUGCUGGGCGCGUCUCAUUCCUUGUAUUCAAUCAUGAAGCAUGUUAGCGCAAGUAGCGAGUUAGUGUUGCGCGAG